GCUGCCUUACGGCGGCGUGCAAGGGGACAGGGAGGGUCGUUUGUACGUCACUGGGUAAGUGCAGCUCCGUGAGGCCCUGUCAGCGUUUACCUAAAGAACAGGUUUGAGGAGCCUCCUCCUAAACGGGGCAGAAGCGAGAGACCUCAGGGCUGGCACCGGCCCCGCUGAUCCCGGGUGAGGUUCUGCUGCUUCUCCCUGCUUCUGCCGCCCCUGCACCCCGCCAGGCCGGAAUCAAAACAAGCACGGCCCUAUAGAUAGGCUGCAGACUUGUGAAAGAAACUUGAGGACUUCAAGAUGACAGGAAGAGAGUUUCUUGAACCAGAUUCUGUACAGCAAAGACUAUAUUUGGACGGAUUUAAGCGGUUGGAAGUCAUACAAAAGAUAUUCAAUGAGCUUCCUAAAGCAGAUCAGAACCUUUGUAAUCAUGGAUCCUACUUCCUUGCAGCAAAUGCAAGUUUAUGUGGCUUAGCAGCAAAUAACUUCUUCAGGAACGUCUUGCAUGUCAGAAGGGCUUUCAUAGCAUCAGCUCUGCCAAUGGCUGUUAUUCCAUUCCUUUCAACAGUAGCAGUGUAUGAGGGGUUUGUGCGUGAGCCUUUAUUUUCAGGUCAGCUGGACUGUGAGGUCUGUGCUGUGGUCAGAGGAGGAUUAACAGGGGCUGUGGUGGGUGGUCUCUAUCCUGCUUUCCUGGCUCUUCCCCUGAACGCAAGCCUGGCAGCCAGGUAUUUUUCAUCUCCCUUGCCUGGGAAAGAAAAUCUAGUACGCUUCUGGCUCUCAGUUUCUAAGCCUGUCUUUAGAAAGAUGAGUUGGGCUGUACUUAUACAAGCUCUAACUGGAUUAUAUCUUGCAACUAAACAUCAUGGAAUAUAUGUCAAAAUACUGCAGCAGAUGGAUGCUAGCAGAGAUACUGAAGAGUUACAAGCAUGAAGUUAAGCAACUUUUUCAAUUGCCUUGGAUAAGUAAACAUAAUAAA